CGCUUCCGGUUGCUCACUUCCGCUUCCGGCUCUGACCGGGGGUCCGCCUUCGAGAGAGAGAAGAGGGGGUUGUGGCGUCGGUAGAUUCCAGGCGUUUCGAGGCGAGAGGCCAGCUCCAGACAGGAUGAUCGAGGUUGUUUGCAACGACCGUCUAGGGAAGAAGGUCCGCGUUAAGUGCAACACCGAUGACACCAUCGGGGACCUUAAGAAGCUAAUCGCAGCCCAAACUGGCACCCGUUGGAACAAGAUCGUCCUGAAGAAGUGGUACACGAUUUUUAAGGACCAUGUGUCUCUGGGAGACUACGAAAUCCACGAUGGGAUGAACCUGGAGCUUUAUUACCAAUAGAGCGGACUUCCUGCUGACCACCCUCCCCUCCCAUUUGGUCCCCUGUCCCCCCACCCUCGUCCCCGCACUGGUAUGGAUGCUUGUUUUUAAAAACUCAUGUUAAUAAAAUCUUAGAAGUAGC